AUGGGUGAUCAUGGUAAUAUGGAUGACCUCACUGCUGCAUUGGCACUCAUUCAACAACAAAUGCAGAAUCAGCAACAGCAGAUGCAGCAGAUGCAGCAAACCAUCCAGAAUCAGCAACAAGCUGCACAAGAGCAAGCAGCCGAGAACGCUGCGCGAGAGGAGCGUGGUGCUCUUAUUGGGGAGCGAAACCUUCCGAGUAACUUUGCUACUAACCGCUCUCCCAUCAAUCCUCCACCCUACAUACCAAUGGACCACAUAGAGGCCUUUGAGAGGAUCUGCAAUUUCUCUCGCUCUAAUGGAGUGCCACCGGAUUACGUCAAGUGCACGCUGUUCCCAUUUUCUCUCGAGGAGAAAGCUGCACGCUGGCUGCAAUCUCUCCCAACCGGUUCUCUAACCUCAUGGGACAAGGUUCGAUCAGCAUUCCUGAGCCAGUUCUACCCAAAGUCCAAAACCGCGGCUCUAAGGUAUAAAGAGUACCAGAGGAAGUGCCCACACCAUGGGUUUGAUGACGAUUACAUAUUGGAGGUGUUAUACGAUGGAGUGAGCUAUGAGUACUGGAACACCCUUGAUUCCUCUAGUAACGGAGACUUCAUGACUCAGACCACCCCUGGUGCAUUCGCGCUGAUUGAGAACAUGGCUUCUAGUUCACUCAACAAGAACAAGGAGCAUGAUCGUUCCAAAAGUGUGAACAGCAUAGACGACUUAGCGGCGAAGGUGGACCAACUGCUGAAGGGAAACCAGAGCCAGGUUUUCAUAAUGGAAGAAGCAUCUCCUGAGAAGAGUGCGGGCGACAAGGCGUUUGAAGCUAAGCAGGCAGGAGACGAUCAGCAGGAAGUGAGCUACGUAAAUGGACAAGGGUGGCAGCUGAAGAAUUACCACCCAAACCCUAACGUAAGGAACAAUCCACAACUUUUCUGGCCUAAGCAGGACAAACCAGUUGAUCCGGCGCAGAACAACCAGGGCCAGUAUUCGGGGUAUCAGAAGAUCUAUCAACCCCGAACCUAUGUUCUAAGCCAACCACAGAGCAAUCAACCUCAGAUACAGAACCACAAGAACACUCAAGUCGCUACCUCCACCCCUGUCACUGUUCCGCAAGAUGAAACUAAAACCAUGUUGCAGCAACUCCUCCAAGGACAACAGCUCCAAGGGAAAGCUCUGAACCAGGUCACUACCGAGAUGAAUACUAGAAUGAACCAUAUGUUUGGAGACCUGAGCACCAAAUAUGAUAAUGUCGCAAGCCAUAUGAGACAGAUGGACAUUCAGAUAGCUCAGACAGCCGAGAGUGUCAAGAGGAAGCAAGGUACUCUACCUGGUAAAACAGACAAAAACCCCAAGGAGUGCAAUGCGGUUCAGCUAAGAAGCGGGAAGCAACUUUCCGAGCCAGAAAGGAGGAGGUUCACCGCGGCUGAGAAGGGGAAGCAGAAAGAGUCAGAACCAGCAGAUGAGGGGAAUACAGAGCCAGCAGUUGAAACAGGUUCGCCAGGCUCAGAACAACCAGCUGAAGCAGUGCGUCCGAUUCCAGAGGCUGUUCCUCCUCGCGAAUACAUUCCGAAGGUCCCUUACCCUGUUCCAGUGAAGGUCACUCGUAAGGACAAAGAGGAAAUAAAAUGCAGGAAGAUGCUGGAGGAUCUAACCGUCCGACUUCCGUUGAUGGAUGCGAUCCAGAUGAUGCCCUCCAUGCACAGUUUUAUGAAGGAAUUGAUCUCAGGGAAAAUAUCAGAGGAGAGCAAGUUCAUGACGGUUUCCAAGGAGUGCAGCGCAGUGCUUCAGAACAGGCAAAUUAAGAAGCAAGGGGAUCCCGACAAAUUUGUCCUCUCUAUCCAGAUUGGGAAGACAGUUUUCGCAUGCUCCUUGGUUGAUCUUGGGUCCAGCGUGAAUCUCAUGCCGUACUCUGUAGCUCUACGUCUAGGAUACACGCAUUUCAAACCGACUAAGAUGUCCUUGGUUUUCGCAGACAGAUCAGUCAAAUCCCCUGUUGGUAUUCUAGAGGAUCUCCAAGUGAAAGUGGGGAACACCUCUGUUCCAGCAGACUUUGUUGUUCUGGAAUUGGAAGAAGAGUCUAAGGAUCCUCUCAUCUUGGGAAGACCAUUCUUAUGUACUGUUGGAGCCAGCAUUGAUGUGCGACAAGGGAAGAUUGAUCUGAAUCUUGGGGACAUAGUUAUGCAAUUCGAGAUGGAUGAGUUGCUAAAGAAGCCGAUGUUGGAUGGGCAAACCUUUGAGGUCAAUGAAGGGAUUGAUCCGCUCCAACCACAAGAAGGAAUGAUCGAGGAGAUUCUUACCGAAGACCCACUGUAA